AUGAUCGCCAAAUUCGUUGUUGUCUUCGCUCUAGCUGUAGCCGCCACUAAUGCAGGAGUCAUUGGAGCACCGGCUGCUCUGAUUGCUCCCGCUGUCGCUCCUGCGGCCUACGUUGCACCGUACGCAAGCUCAUACUCCGCGCACGCUAUCAACCAUGCUGUAGCUGCCCCUGUGGCCUCUGCUCCAAUAGUCGCCGCCUCACCCUUCGCCGCUCCUUACGUAGCUGCACCCGCCGCCCCCCUCGUAGCUCCAGCCUCCCCCUACAUAGCUGCCCGAUACUUCUCAGCCCCUUACUUCCUAUAA